AUGGUACUUUGGAAUAAAUGUUUCUCAUCUUCCUCAAUCUCCCGGGAUUUGGAAUUGGGAGGUAUAUUGUGUGCAUUCUGGGAUUUUCAUGGGAUUUUCACACCCUUCACAUUCCAUAGAUCACUAUAUCAUGGAAACAAAAUUCUUAUUGAGAAUCUAUGCCAUAUCAGUUCACCAAAUUUAAACAUAAUAACAUCAGCUGCCGCUGUUGUUGGUUCUCCUCCAUCAUUCACGGUUGAUGCACUGGCCGCAUUUAGUUUGAAAUCCUUCGCAUUGAAUGAUCUUAAGCAAGCUUCUAAAAACUUCAACCGGGAAUAUUUUCUUGGUGAGGGAGAAUUUGGUUGCGUCUUCAAAGGAUGGAUCGACAAAAACACAUUUGUUCCUAGUAGACCAGGUACCGGUAUUGGCGUUGCUAUCAAGAAGCUAAAACCAAAUAGCUUUCAAGGGCACCAGGAAUGGCUUACAGAAGUGACUUAUUUGGCACAGCUUCGCCAUGAAAACUUGGUGAAACUCAUUGGAUACUGCUUGGAAGGUGAUGAGCGGCUUAUCGUGUAUGAACACAUGCAGCGAGGCAGCUUGGACAACCAUUUAUUCAGAAGUGGUGCGCAGUCAAUUCCUUGGGCUACCCGAGUAAACAUUGCCAUCGAUGUUGCUCGAGGUGUAACAUUCUUACAUAGCUUAGAAAUCCAAGUAAUAUAUCGUGAUUUGAAGUCUGGAAACGUUCUCCUUGACUCGGAUUUCAAAGCAAAACUUUCGGAUUUUGGUUUGGCAAGAAAUGGCCCGGCCGGUAACAACACUCAUGUUUCAACCAGGGUAGUCGGUACAUAUGGUUAUGCUGCUCCAGAAUACAUUGCCACAGGGCGGUUGAAUGCGAAGAGCGAUGUAUACAGCUUUGGAGUGUUAUUAAUAGAUCUGUUUUCGGGAAGAAGAGCAGAGGAAGUACUUAGGAGUUACCGAAACAAAUCUUUAAUUGACAAAUGGAAAAUGCUCAGGUUCAUGAGCACAGGGCAAGACGGAAAAUACGCAAAGAGAACAGCACAAGUCGUUGCCGAACUAAUUGUCGAGUGUCUCCAGGUGAAUCCUAAGAAGAGACCAGACAUGAAUGAAGUUCUGUGUACACUAGAACAACUCCAAACAACCAAAGCAAGGACUCAUUCAAUGUCAUAGUAUUUUGUCAUUCAAAGAAAAGAAGAACAAGGUUGUUGUUGACUUGGUUCUUUAUGUAUUAUGUUGGAGAGAAGCAUUAAAUGGCAAGAAACUCAGUGCAGGUUGUAGUACUUUUAUGAGUACAAAUGAAUGACCGCUAGGUCAAUUGGCA